AUGGUGAUGGUGCAGCUGGACUACGUGCUGGUGCCGCUGGGGCUGGCGAUCAUGGCGAGCUACCACGCGUGGCUCCUCCUCCGCAUCCGGCGGCGGCCGGCGACCACCGUGAUCGGCAUCAACGCCAUCAACCGCCGCAUCUGGGUGCGCCACGUCAUGGAGGAGCCGUCGGGGAAGCACGCCGUGCUGGCGGUGCAGACGAUGCGGAACAGCAUCAUGGCCUCCACCGUGCUCGCCUCCGUCGCCAUCACCCUCAGCUCCCUCGUCGCCGCGCUCAUGGCCAGCGGCGUCGCGCACACCAUCUUCUCUGGCUCCGGCGGCGGCGAGCUCCUCGUCGGCGCCGCCGGCGAGACGGCGCUGUCCGUCAAGUUCUUCGCCAUCCUCGUCUGCUUCCUCGUCGCAUUCCUCCUCAACGUGCAGUCCAUCCGGUACUACAGCCACACGGGGUUCCUCGUCAACGUGCCGCUGCAGGCGCACCGCCUCCGGCGGCCGGGGCUCGCCGUCGACUACGUGACCGCGGCGCUCAACCGCGGCAGCUACUUCUGGUCGCUCGGCAUCCGUGCUUUCUACUUCUCAUGCCCCGUCUUCCUCUGGCUCUUCGGGCCCAUCCCCAUGUUCGCCGCCUGCCUCUCCAUGGUCUGCGCGCUCUACUUCCUCGACGUCUACUCCGAGUGGGACAAGCCCGACGACGAAGACGACCUCAACGGCGCCGGCGCCGGCGAUCCCAUCAAAUGCCAUGAAUAACGAUGCCAUGAAUAACGGCAACUUUAGUAGUGUAUAGUUCAACUGGGCCUGAUUUCCGGAUGACGCACACGCAACACACCAUCGCCACACUCAACGUAUACCUCCUGGAUGGUUAUAUUUGAUGCCCGUUGAAUUUUGAAUAUACGUUCGUCUUAUUCAAAAUUUUUAUUUAAAUAUGAAAAACUACGGUGUAUAAGCCAUGCUUAAAAUUUCUAUA